AUGGCCGCCGCUACCACAUCGUCGCGGUCCGUCCUGGCCCGCGCUCUCCUCCGCUCGGCAACCUCUCGGCCGCCGGUGGCGACAUGUCCGAUGCAGAUGCGCCAGAACCUGUGCGCCGCCUCCGCAUCCUCCUCCUCCUCCUCCUCCUCCUCCAACGGCCGCUCUGCCCGCAUGAUGAGCAGCGCGACCGCCGCGUCGCGACCGCGAGCCUCAGCUCCCUCACCGCAGCAGCAGCCGUUCCUCCGUCAACACCCGAGCGCGACCGCGCGCCGCACCAUCUUCAUCCAGACCGAGCCGACGCCCAACAACGACGCGCUCAAGUUCCUGCCCAACCACCGCGUGCUGCCCGAGACCCUGUCCGCGCCGUUUGUCGAGUACCUGAGCCCGCGCGCCACCAUCUCCCCGCCGAACCCGUCGCCGCUCGCCGCCAAGCUCAUGAACAUUGACGGCGUCACGUCCGUCUUUUACGGUGCCGACUUCAUUACCGUCACAAAGGCCAGCGACGCCAAUUGGGCCCAUAUCCGCCCCGAGAUCUUCGCCCUCAUCACCGAGGCCAUCACCUCGGGCGAGGCCAUUGUCGCCGUCAAGGAGGCGCCCGCGGGCUCCGCCGAGGCGGCCGAGGCCGAAGAGGCCGACAGCUUGGCGUACAAUGAGGAUGAUGACGAAGUCGUCGGCAUGAUCAAGGAGCUUCUGGAAACGAGGAUCCGCCCGGCCAUUCAGGAGGAUGGUGGCGACAUCGAGUUUCGCGGGUUCGGCGAGGACGGCUUCGUGAACCUGAAGCUCCGAGGCGCGUGCCGAACGUGCGACUCAAGUACGGUGACGCUGAAGAAUGGCAUCGAGGGCAUGCUCAUGCACUACAUUGAAGAGGUCAAGGGCGUACGCCAGAUCCUCGACGAAGAGGAGGAAAUUUCCCUCCAGGAAUUCGCCAAGUUUGAGGAGAAGCUCAAGCAGCAAAAGGGCGUUGCCGACAUUGCGUGA